AUGAAAAAAGCUGUUGAAGAACUCACUGCAAGCUUGAUCUAUCUCUUCAGCUCAAUAAUCACGACGCUUGCUAAUAAGUACAUAUUGUCGAACCUCGGAUUUAAGAUGCAGUAUCUCCUAGUGGCGCUUCAAUCUCUUACCAUAGUCGUGGGCCUGCUGACCUUAAAAUUUGCAAGACUGGUCGAAUUUCGCCUUACAAAGUUUAAAAAGUGGAUGAUUCCAUCUCUUUUACUAACGGUGAUGAUAUUUUCUGGAUCGAAGUCCCUGUACUAUCUUCCGAUAUCCCUGUAUACCCUUUUCAAAAACAGCAGCAUAAUAGUGGUGGCAUUGCUUGAACAGCACCUGUUCAAAAAAAGAAUAGGCAGCCUGUCAUGCCUGUCGUUUAUAUUGAUGAUUAUAAGCUCCUAUGCCGGGAAUUCCUCGGAUGUUAUUCUCAACGUAGGAUAUGUUUGGAUAUCGGUCAAUGUCCUCUCUACAACUGCCUAUGUAUUGUCUCUGAAGAUCGUGGUUGACAUGAACAAUAAGGCAAAAACCGAAGCUGUAUAUUACUCAAAUCUUAUUUCACUGCCCAUUCUUAUUUCUUUGUCCAUGCUCUUUGACGAGAAAGAUCCGGGGGCCAACGGGCUUAAAGUGUUUGUAUGGAUCUUCAUUUCGUCUCUUUGUGCCUUUUUCACCUCCUUUAGCACUGCAUGGACGCUAAAUGUUCUUUCUUCCACUGCUCUGAGUAUGCUUGGCGCCCUGAAUAAGAGCCUGGGGUCUCUUGCAGGAAUACUAGGACUAGGAGAGAGUGUCAACCGCCAGAAGAUAUUUUCCUUGCUUUUGGGGUCGCUUGCGUGCGCUAUAUACUCGUACGACAUCUCGUUCAAGAAGAAGAACUAG